AAGAAGCGUUCGAAUGUUAUAUAUGCAGUACAGUGUUUCAUAAUCAGAAGAACUUCUUUGUUUUUGAUAUUUCAGUAAAAGCUGGAACCAAUCUGAAUACUGUUUUGAAUAGCCCGAAGAUUUUUCUGUCAGAUAAGGUGCAUAUCACUCUUUUAAUUAGAAAACUUGAUAAUAGGGUUUCUGGAAAACCUGAACGCUAGAAAACCAAGUCUUUGGUUUUUGGUCAGAAAAUUUUACCAACCAUAUAGUCUGAUAGAGCAAAGAAUUCUGAACAGUAUAAAAUAUCUCCCGGCUGUCUAUAGCGCUUUUCACCGCGAUAUUUUGAUAUUUUCGCAUCCUUUGUAGCCAUUGGUCAAUUGAAUAGAACUGGACGGAAAACCGUUAUUUUGUUUCGAGAUAUUUUAUACUGUUCAGAAUUCUUUGCUGAAUUCGAAGCUCGACCUAAAAAGCGGAUUUUAUCAAAUCCCCAUUAAUCAUGAAGACAAGGAGAAGACGGCGUUCGUGACCCCAUUUGGUCAUUAUCAAUUUAAUGUAUUACCAAUGGGAUUAAAAAAUUCACCUCCUACGUUUCAAAAGGUAAUGACAAAUAUAUUAAAAUCAUGUCGAGCAUUUUGCCGAUCGGAGUCACGCAGCUCUUCACCUUUAUUGCCGCCAGUGGUGUGCAGUAGUCAGGUGCGGCGACGUGAUGAAAGUCGCCCAUAUGCUCAUACAACAUCCUCGGAAGAACUACAAGAUCAUCGUUCCAGACAAUCUCAACAUAAUACAGGUAUGCAACGCCAAUCAUCUUCGAGUCGUUCACAUUUAUGGCCGCCAGUGGCGAGCUGUAGCAGUGUGCAACGGCGAGAAGACAACCGACGACCUACGAAUAAUAAUCAAUCAUCAUCAAGAGAUUAUCGUACUCAUCAUAAUCGUAAUCAAACACGUCAACCUAUACGUCAUCCACAUGAACAUUUAUUAAAACGUAAACCAGAAAAUUGUCCAGAUGGUUUAACUGAAUCACAACGUACAUCAUGGUUGAAAGCAGGUAAACAAGCACUUGAAAAUCAUCAACUAAAUGCAGUUACACCAGCAUUUCAAUACGAUAAAAAACAUUAUGGAUCACCUAUCUCCAUUGAUUAUCUCACAGAAGAUAAAACAUUAACUGAACUAAUCUCAAAAUUUAAAUCUAUAAAAGAAUAUAUGAUAGAUACCGAAAGUGAUUCAAACAUCGGACAACCCAGUUGUCCUCGUAAACAACCAAAUAAACCUGCCAUUAUUCAAAUUCAAGCUAUAGAAAGUGAAGAAACUUCAACGGUGAUUAUAAUUGAAGCACAGUUUCUCCCUGAUCCAUCAUCAGAUAAAUUU